AUGAAAGAACCCCGGAUUUUCCCUAGAGAGCGGCCAACUCCUUGGACUCGUGCUCAAUUGCCACCUCGAGGACGGCUCGACGGUUCCCUGGGACCACAGGGUGGUCCUGUUUUGAACACAGGCCACCCGCUAGGCAUGAAUUCUGAUCCCUUCCUUAUGGCAUCCAGUUCUCUUGGUGGAAAUCUGGCCCCAUUUCCAAGGAACCCAUCGCCUUUUCCAACCUCAUCAGGCUCAUUGGCUUCAAAUCCAGCACCUUUCCCUGCUGGUGUUCGUGACCCAAGCAUGGCUUCUUUUCCAAGAGGGAUGAAUCCCGCUGGUGCAGGUGCAGUUUCUUUCCCAAGGCCUGGUGGCCUCUUGGGCCCAGGCCCAGGGCCAUCCCUAAACCCUAGGGCAGGGGCUCUUCCAGGUCCAGGGCCUCUGUCUAACCCAAGGUUAGGGGGUCUCCCAGGGCCAGGUCCUAUGUCUAACCCAAGGUCCGGUGGUCUCCUGGGAACAGGUCCUGACCCCAGAAGUGGCGGCCCUGUGGGCCCUGGGUCUGGGCCCAACCUGAGAGCAGGUGUCCUGUUGACUUCUGGGAAUGGUCCUCCUAAUCCUAGGCCCGUUGGCCUGGGUCCAGGACCAAGUCCUAAUCUGAGGUCAGGGUUUGUUAGUACAAACCCUGCCCCGAGGUCGGGUAUGUUUCCAGGCCCAGGUCUUGGACCCAGCCCAAGGGCUGGUGGCCUGGGCCCAGGCCUUGGGCCCAACCCAAGGGCAGGUGGCCUGGGCCCAGGCCCUAAUAUGGAUACCAGAGCAGGUGGCCUCCUGGGCACAGGAUCUGGUCUUAACUUAAGAAUGGCUGGACCUCAAGGCCUAGAUCUUGCCCCCAUUCUAAGAGCAGCAGGUCUUUUAGGAGCAAAUUCAGCUGCUUUCUCACAGGCUUCUGGAAACAUGGGCACAAGCCCAUCCUCUAUGGCAAGAGUACCCGGACCCAUAGGCCCAAACUCGGGUCCGGUUUCUCGGGGAAUUGGCCUUCCAGGGCCAAACCCGUCUCCCAUGUCCAGAGCACCUGGCCCCCUAGGUCCUAAUUCAGCUCAUUUUUCAAGGCCAGCUGGCCCCAUGGGGGUAAAUGCUAAUCCCUUUCCAAGAGGGACAGGCUCAGGGGGGCUGAAUCCAGUUUCCUUCUCUCAGUCCUCUGGCACAUUGGCUUCAAAUCCAUCUACCUUCCAGAGGUCUUCUGGCCUCCAGGGCUCAAGCCCAGCAAUUUUCCCAAGAACCUCUGGGCCACUAGGCCCCAACCCAGCUAACUUCCCAAGGGCCAGUGGCUUACAGGGUCCAAGUCCAGCUGCCUUCCCAAGGUCUACUGGCCCAUUAGGACCUGGUCAGGUUAAUUUCCCCAGGUCAGCUCCUGGGCCCCUGGGUUCUUCUCCAGCAGGCCCUGUGGGCAUCAACCCAGGUCCUUUUGCAAGGCCAACUGGGACCCUGGGUCUAAAUCCAUCUUCCUUUCCAAGGAUGAAUGGCCCUGUGAGCAAGACUUUGGUCCCAUUUCCUAGAGUGGGGAGCCUCCCUGGCACAAACCCAGCUGCUUUCCCCAGACCAGGGGGUCCAAUGGCUGCAAUGUACCCAAAUGGAAUGUUACCCCCUUAAACACCAUUUUCUCUCCAGGACCACUUUGGUUUUCAAGCACCAUGGUUCUGGGCAGGGGCUGUGUUACAAGUAAAAGGGUAGAUGUGGAGCUACCGUCUGAAGUACAUAGCUGGGGCUCAAGUUCAGAUGAGCCAUCUUUUUCCUCUGCUUUCUUGACUGAAGGUGAAAUAUUCUAUGUGGGAGAUGGACUACUACAGGUGGGAAUGAUCCUGACCUUUAGAGAAAGGAUCUCCAGCCCUCCAGAAGCCUGCUGUGCAUUUGUCCCACAGCUUUCUGCCCCUUGUUUCUUAACUAAUUUCUUGAAUUGUUCACGUGGACUUUUCCUCAGGGAUACAUUGGCCUGCAGGUCCCAGUUCAUAUGUAGUCCUCUGCUCACCACUGGAGAAUCAGCUCACUGCUCUCUAGAAAUGUUGCAUUGGUGAACGGACCAUGCUUCAGCAGCUCUGACCUGGGCAGCUUGGACCUGGUCAUCCUCUACUGCCAUACCUUUCCCUGGGGGCUUGAACACAGAACAGGGAGGUGGGAAACCACGUCAAAGACCCACCAAAUACAAUGUCUGCUUGAUUGACUGGGCCUGCAACUUCCUUCUCCUGGGACUUAGAGGAGGCCAGAAUCAAGGCUCCACCGCUCAUCUAACUCCUCUCCACUAGUACUCUGAUCAAAGAACCUCAAAAUUUAAACUGACGUGGAUGGGAAUUGGGGUGGGGGGUGGGGGGAGAAAGGGGAGAAAUCACUGUGCUUCGUUCAGCCUGACGUGAAAGGAUGGUUGGUGUUUUUCCUGCUUGUAUCUUUUCUUACCGUUUCUUUAAUAAAUGGGAUGACAGGGCU